UUUCGGGCUCCAUCAUCCCUGUUGCUUCCGGUUUCCGCCAGAGUCCGGCCCUGGCUACUUGGUUCUGCGCUGUCUUUUGGUCAGAGGCACCGGGAGGCUGACGUCUGGCCCCAAGCUGUGGUUUGAUGGUCCUCUCAGAUCUGAAAGAGUUAAGACAAUGGAUACAUCUGAGACAGUAGGUGGAGAGGAGCCCCAGCGCUGGUUUGGCUGAGAGUCAUCUAGAUUACCAAGAGGAGAUUGGACUAGUCUUCAAUGGAGGUAAGGGAGGGGCUGUUAAUGACUUUUGUCUUGCGGUAACCAAAUACUGGGAAGAAACCACUUAGGGGAGGAAAGAUUUAUUUUGGCUCAUUGUUUCAGAGAUAUCAGUUCUUCAUGGCCGUCACAGCAGUGAUGGCAGGUUGGAGUGGCUCCAUCAGUGGAGGUGAGAGUGGGAAGAGGAGCUGUUGUUCACACCAUGGCAGGCCUGGAACCUGAGAGAGAAGUGGGAACCAGGGCAGGGUUCCCUGGACCAGCCUCAAGAUUGGUUCUUUAGCUAAUGCCAUCUUCUGAGUCCUCAGGUGUCCGAAGCUGUGGUAUAGCUUAUGUUUUGGGGUUGGUGUCCUUUGAGGAUGUGUCUGUGGACUUCACCUGGGAUGAAUGGCAGGACCUGGAUGACACUCAGAGGAAGCUCUACAGGGACGUGAUGCUGGAGACGUACAGCAGCCUGCUGUCCCUGAAUCAGUGUGAUGCCAAACCCGAGUUGAUCCUGAAGUUGGAGAAAGACGCUGGCCCAUGGAAGGAAGACGAUGCCCCACACCAGAGCCUCCCAGAUAUGCAGAAUGUGGAUGACCAGAAUGAGGUCAGCCAAGACAUACAAAAGAUAUGCAGAUGCAAUCUGGUAAUUGCCAAGUGCGGCACAUCAGCUGAGAGGGAUACAGCAGGAAAAGCAUUGAAUAGCUCACACCAUGCUUUAGAUCUGGCAGUAAAGACCGGCACUACUUCUGGAAUGAGCCCUAGGGCACUUAAUAAGCAGGAGGCUAGAGAGGAACUUGAUCUUUCUGAUGUAACCAGACUUCCUGAGCCUCUUAGUCUGUAUCCCAGUGCUGAAUAUGAAGAACAGCAUUUUCAGUCCCGUGGGCCCAAUGAAGCUUUCCACGUGAAGCCAGUGUGGUUACAAAAACCAUUCCCUAUGAGAGAUCCCUCCAGUAAGUUGAGAGACUACAGGAAAGAGUUAGAAAAGUUAGCUCUUCCCACCAAAGGGGGAACUCGGGCACAGGUGCAAACUUUUGAAUGCAAAGUGUGUGGGAAGUUAUUCUAUAAAAAUUCCCAUCUCACACAGCAUUUUAAAAUGCACAAAGAAAAAAGAUGUCAUAAAGGUAAUAAUUGUGAGCCAGUACUCAAUAUACAGCCAAAACUCCCAAAACAUCAGAGCUUGGGUGUGGGAGAAGAGCCUUAUACAUGUAAUGAUGAUGAGAAAUACAUUCAUCAGAAAUCAGAAAAAAGUGUUCAGCAGAAAAUCAUAGGUAAUGGAAGGAUUGUGUGGGGGAAACCCGUGUGCAGUGUUCAGCAGAACCCUCACAAGGAUGAGAAAUCCCAUGAGUUCAGUGUAUCUGGAAAAACAAUUAGUAAGUCAGACCUCCAUCCGCUGGAGACACCUCACAGAUAUGAGAGAGUGUAUGAAUGUAAUGCUUGUGGCAAAACCUUUAGUCACACACCACAUGUCUACUCACAAUCGGGAGCUCACUCGGCUAAGAAACCCUAUGAGUGUGAAGACUGUCAGCAGUCAAGGCUCCUGGUGAGCCAGCCAGCUCAAAUGCAGGAGAAACGCUAUGUGUGUAAUGUGUGUGGAAAAGCCUUUUACAAGCGAGCCCACUUACACGCACAUCAGAGGACCCACACAGGUGAGAAGCCAUAUGACUGCAAAGAAUGUGGGAAAUCUUUUAGACUGAAGUCAUUUCUUGUUGUGCAUCAGAGGAUUCACACUGGUGAGAAACCCUUUGCGUGUGGUACGUGUGGGAAAAGCUUCAAGCAGAGGACGAGUCUCUACACACACAUCAGAAUCCACACAGGCGAGAAGCCCUACGAGUGUCAAGAGUGUAGAAAGUCAUUCAUUCUCAAAUCAUACCUCACUGUGCAUCAGAGAACUCACUCGGGUGAGAAGCCCUAUGAGUGUGACGUAUGUGGGAAAUCCUUUAAGCAAAAUUCCCACCUUCAUGCACACAAGAGAACUCAUACCAGCGAGAAACCCUAUGAGUGUAUUGUAUGUGGCAAAAGUUACAAACAGAGCCCAAGCCUCUACACACAUAAGAAAAUCCAUACCAGUGAGAAACCCUAUGAGUGUAAACAGUGUAGAAAGUCAUUUAGUUUGAAAUUUCACCUCACUAGACAUCAGAGAACUCACUCCGGUGAGAAACACUAUCAGUGAAAUGUGUGUGGAUGAGCCUUGAUGCAAGUUCGCGCCUGUGUCCAUCAGAGAAUUCAUCCAGGUGGGAAACCCUCAGAGUGGGAAGAGUUGGUCUACAGUAACUCUCUACCACUCAUCAUCUGCCCACUAGGGCUUCAGUGGUGAGAGACUGGCAGUGUUGUGUAUGUGGAAAGGCCUGGCAGCUAUCAAGCUGGUUCACUCAUCAGAGAAUUCAUACAAAUGACAGACCUUUAAAAUUAAAAACUAAGAAAAUAUCUCAGCCAAAGAUACAUCAGAGAACUCACAAACAUGAGAAACCUUAAGAGCAUAUAAAUGUAAAAAAUAUCUCAACUAUGAGAUCCACCUUGUUCAUCCAAACAUAUACAGUUGGGUGUAAUAUAAAAACACACAGUUGGGCAUGUUUGUAGAAAAGCCUUUCUCCACAUGCCAUAUAUCUCCACAGUCAUUAGGCAGUUCACACCCUAUAAGAAACCCCAUGAAUGUAGAAAAUCCUUCAACCAUACAUCAUUCUUCACUGCAUACCAAAGAAGAUACAUGGAGACAUCUCCAUGAGUGUUGUUUAUGUACAGACAAACCUCCGUGUCCACCUGAAAACUCAAAACUGAGAAACCCUAUGACUGUAAAUACGGUAGAAAAUAUUUCAACCAUAAGCCAUCUGUUGCUGUACAUGAAAGAAGUCACAUAGGUGAGUAACUGGACGCACAUCGGUGAGUAUAAUAUAAGUGAAGGACCCUUUGGGAGGUGUCAAGUCUCUACAUUAAAGAACUUGCACUACUGAGGAAUCCUAAGAGAGUAGUCUACACAGAAAUGCCUUUUUCAGUAGGCAGACCCCUCUGAAUGCCUGUCAGAAGCACAUGAAUAAUGUAUAUGAGAAAUACACCUUCACUCGUGCCAGUGUAAUCAGUGUAUCUGAAAGAGCCACAUAAAUAAGCCCUCAGGUUACAUUUGAAUUAGAGGAGACACUGUAAAACAGGUAAUAAUGUGGGGAAUGUUUCUAGUAAGAAGUUGUGCAGCACAAAUUCCUACAAAGGCCAGAAGUCCAGGCAGCAGAGUGCCGUGUGCUCACCAAGAUGUGCUUCCUUCCCUGCACUCACAGCCUGUGUGUGCAGUCCAUUUCUGUUAGAUCUGUGCUAACCUCCUAGUAGAAUACAAAUGUGUGUGCUGUAUUCAUUUCUCUCCCACUGUCCCCAAAUCUUACAACAGACUCUACCAGGCCACCAUCUGUAGUUGGCCCGAGUGCAGAUAACUUCUAGCAUGUUUGGGAGCCAUGUAUAGAAGGGCACUAUGGCUUAGGAGUGUGUGUUGUCCAGAGCUGUGGUCCUACGUUUCUUGUAAGCGUAUAAAAGAGAGAUCUGCACCAUCUGUUUGUAAUAAUCAGACCCACAGCUGUUAGCUCACUUUAAAAGGUGGUUGGGACAAAUGGCUUAUAGAUUAUAGUCUUGUUAGAAAAUUCUCAGGAGAGAGAAGAACCUUGUUGUCACCCAGCAUUCUCCUGAUGCUUUGUGGGGAAGAAGAAAUCUUGAUAAGACUUCUAUAAAUCCUGAGUGUGAUCCCAGUGGGGAUCAUCCUCCAUUCAACAGCAUGGAGUUCCCAUUCCAUUUAUAUGUGAAACCUUUCAACAAAAUGUCCUGUUAGGUUUCAAAAAUUCUUGAUCUGGGAAAGUUAUAUGGAAUCUGUAUAGCAAGUUUUUGGAGAGAAAUGUUAAAUCUCAUAUUCCAGUUGUUUUUAAAAAUCUGCACGCCAGGAGAGGAAUAUUGGUUGAGACUGCCUAUCAGUGGGCAUCGGUCUCUGGGGACAUUAGUGAUGUAAGUAGAGUUUCAGAGCGGCCAAUGGCACAUGCAGACAUACAGCUAAACAGCCUGCGCUAUGUUGGAUAGUACACUCAUGUAUGUAUGGUUCAUGUCAUAUCAAUCAUGUUCCAUGAUGAAACUCAGCGGAAGGGAUUCAUGGCUUCGUGUUAUACGUAUUGCAAUGUACAUUGAUAAUUUCCGCGUUUGGUGCCAUUGUGGCCUGUUUCCUUCCUCCUAGCCUCACACAUUGUAUUAGACACUUCCUUAGUCUUGUGGCACAUCUAAAUGUGUAUGACAGUUAUUGCUGGCUCAAGUAAAUAAAGAUACUGUUUUUCUAA